GAAGCUUUCCAGCUCUGUACUCAGCAGUGUCUGCUUCUCUCUGACUUCGUACAUUUUCUCGUACGCUCUAUCAUUUUCAUCGGCCAUGAUUCUCCUGCGCUUUUCUGUUUUAUUCCUGCUUUGUGGAAUCAUCUGCUGCCAAGAGUCUGUGAGCACUGCACCGACCGGUGACACAAAACUGCCUCAACCAGCCAAGCAGGACCAAGAAUCACUCCCUCUGACGACUAUACCAGAAAAUGUGACAGUGACAGUGGUCGACGGCCAUGAAUCCCAAACUAAAUCUGAUGCUACGCCAGAUGACCGGCAGUUUAUAGCAACAAGGAGGAAGUGUUGCGAAAAUGGCCGCCAGCACUUUUACAGGAAUGGGAAUUGCGCCAACAGGUCGAAGGAAGAGACUGAGGAAGUGGGGCUGUGGUGUGACAAAAAAUCCAUGGAGUGCUGCCUUUUUAUGGAAGCGUACUAUAUGGGGCCUGUGGAUGGGUGCCGCUGCCGAAAUAAACAUCAUAAUUCCCAAGGGACUAUACAAGAAGAUUCACCCAGAGAGAACGAAGCAGAAAAGUCAACUCAGUCUGAGAAAGUUACAGUGGUGGGUGGCCCAGAAUCCCAAACCAAACCUGACGCUACACCAGCUACACCGGGAGGAGACAAUGUGACCGUUAACUCUGCGACUCCCACAGAUGACCCGCAGUUUAUAACAAGAAGGAGAAAGUGUUGUGAAGAUGGUCGCCAGCACUUUUACACAAAUGGGAAUUGCGCCAACCGGCCGCAGAAAGAGAAUGAGGCAGUGGGGCUGUGGUGUGACCGAAAAUUCCUGGAGUGCUGCUCCUUUAUGGAAGCUUAUUAUAUGGGGCCUGUGGAUGGGUGCCGCUGCCAAAAUAAACAGCCUAGUUCCCAACUUCCCAGUCCAGAGAAUUUAUCAGAAGAUUCAUCCAAAGAUAAUGAAGCAGAAAAGUUGUCUCAGUCGGAGAAUGUGACAGUGGCGAACGGUGAAUCCCAAACCAAACCUGACACUUCACCAGCUACACCGAGAGUAGACGAUGUGAUGACUCCCACAGAAGACCCACAGUAUAUAGGAAAAAGGAAGAAGUGUUGUGAAAAUGGCCGCCAGCAUUUUUACACAAAUGGGAAUUGCGCCAACAGGCCGCAGAAGGAGAAUGAGGCAGUGGGGCUGUGGUGUGACCGAAAAUUCCUGCAGUGCUGCUCCUUUAUGGAAGCGUACUAUAUGGGGCCUGUGGGUGGGUGCCGAAAUAAACUGUGUAAUUCCCAACUUCCCAGUCCAACCGACACCACCCGUGUGACAAACACACCGCUGAACUAGUAAUGUAUUCAUAUAUGACUGAUUGGUGUUACAUACUGUACAUUAGUGAAACAAAUAUGCAAAGCUUCAAAUCAUUGCCCUGGAGGUCGUUACACCAUAAUCUCGCAACCACAUAACUCACACUUGGCGUUGACGCUCUUACAUUUUCAUGUAAUGCAAAUUUAAUAAACUUUAAUGUACGUUG